AUGGCCACCCCUGAGACGACCGCCCUGUCCAUCCGCAUCCACCUCCCACCCUCCCCAAUCGACCCAGGCGGCUCGCAUCUCACUCUCCCCUCCUCGCCCUCGUCGACAGUCGCAGACCUCAAGGCUGGCUUGGUAGAGCGGUGUGGACUUGGAGCGGAGGAGGGAGAGGCGCUGGGGCUGGCAAAGGGGGCGAGGAGGUUGAGGGACGCGGAGCGGUUGGGAGAGGUGUUUGAGGAGGAGAGGAAGGUUGAUCCCUCCGCCCCUCUCACGCUUCACGUCGUCGCCCGUCCUUCGGUACUCGACAAGCUGCGCCAGCAUGCGGAUCCUGUGGAACCGGAGGAAAGAGCUUCGACUGAGCCGCCUGCGGUGGUUGCGAGCGCUGAAGUCGCAGCGGCAGAACCGGCGGUCGUUGCAGAUUCUUCGGACCAGGCGGCCGCUUUGGGAGACGGACCAGCCGCACAACCGCCUGAGCCUGUCGAACAACCCGCCGCAACGGUCCCUGUUCCCGAGGAACUGCACUACUCGCCAGCCUAUAUCGUCCCGCCUCCCUCCCUGCCCGAACCCGUCGCCUCGACUUCCUCCAUCGCCGCCACCGCCGCCGCUGCAGCAACUCUUCCUACGUCCGCUGCCUCGCCUGCCGUCCCCGUCUCGCCCUACACGACCUACAUCGCUCACCUCCAGCGGCUCCUCCCUCUCCAGCGCGCCUUGCUCCUCCUGAACCUCCAGAAAGCGCAUGCGCACUACACUCGCGCCCUUACCGCUCCUUCAACGAGCGAAGGAGUCGAGGACGUUGAGCGGAUGUUGAAAGAGGUUGGGGUUUGGAGGAUUGUGGAGGAGAAGGUUGAGCAGAGGGAGGCGGAGUGGAGGAAGCUGUAUGCCGGUGACGAGGCUGUGGACGGGGUCGAGCGGGUGGAGGAGGAGUUCCAGAUCGUCCAGGUUGGCGGCCUGCCCUACCUCCUUCACACGCCACCAGACCCGCAUCGCCGCCCAUCUCACCCGCCUCUCGCCGCUGUCCUCCAACACACCCGCACCGAGACGGUCCAGCACUGCCUGACGACGAUGCUCCAGCUCCUCCUCACCAUGUCUCCCGGCGUCCCCGCUCUCGCCUACGGUCGCGCAACCGCCCCUCGAUCCGGCGCACCGCCUGUCGCUGCCGCCCCAGGCGCGAACCCAAACGCACCCGAUGCCCUCGCCGCCGCUCGACUGGCCCAACUCGGCUUCCUCAACGCCCCUCCCGGCGCUGCCGGCCGCCCGAUGCAUCCUCUCGCUCAAGGCGCGCAGAUUCGCCGCCGUGCGACACUGUCGGUCAUCAUCAACCUCGACGUGAUCCUCUCCUUCCUGAUUCCCCUCUUCCUCCUCUCGCUCAAACUCGCUUUCCUGCUGUGGAUCUUUGGACGACACGCGAGUCCGACGAAGAGGAUGAUUCUGGGCGCGAUGGCGGCGCUGUGGGUCGUCUGGGAGGGAAUCGGGAUCAGGAGGAGGAGGUUGCAGCGCGAGAGGGAGCGCGAGAGGCUGGAGAGGGAGAGGAGGCGCGCGUUGAGGGCAGCUGCGAGGACGCAUCAGGCGCAAGCUCAGGCGCAACAGCCGCCGGGCGACGUGCAGGCAGGACAACCGCAGCCUGGUCCCGCACCUCCUCCUCAGCAGCCCGGCGCGCCCCAGCCUCCCGCCGCGCUCGUCCGCCGCGCCCGCCACCCCGCCAACGCCCAUGACCGCGCUCGUCGACACCGCGAGCUGCCCUCGCGCCUCUCACCGAAAUACUGGAUCAACCUCAUCGCCGCCGUCGGACUCGUUGCCGAAGCGCGCGAACUCGGUCUCUCGCCACGCUUCAUCGCUGGCCGACCCAUCGCGCCUGCUCCGCCUCCGCCUCGCACCGCAGCCGAAAAGCGCUACGAGGCGUUGAAGCGCGUCGUGCGGAAUGUCUGUGUGGCGGUUGUGUUGUUCGUCGGGACGCUCAGUCCGGAGGUGGAGCGGAAGAGAAAGAGGGCACUCGAGAAGCGCGAGAGGUUGUUGGCGGAGCGGAGAGUCGCGGCGGCGGCGGCGGCGGCGGCGGCGAGGGCGUUCCUCGACCAGCCGCCUGUGCUGCCGUCGGUUGCAGGACCUCUCGACCAGGGAACUGAUGGGCUGAGGCGCCGUGCGACGGGUGCGCAGGGCAGGAGCGCGGUCUCGGACGAGCAGCUCUUCCAGGAUGGCGGCAGCGAGGCGUACCAGUCUCAGCAUGGGGUUCCCCCCGCCUCGACCUCGACUCCAGCCGGCGCAACAGACGUGCACAACGCUUCAGCUUCGACGUCCGCCCAUACUAUCGGCUCGCAAGCCGCACCCACCGCAUCGACCUCGACCGCCCCCGCUCCCGCCCUACCGCCCGACUCUGCACCUCCCUCGCCGCCUGAUCUUCCUCCCUCACCUCAGAACGUUCUCGCCGAUUCGGACGGCGGUGCAGACGGCGAAGACGCGGCAGAAGACGACGAUGUCGCGUCUGCGACUUCGGGAGAUGGCGCAACGACUUCGGACGAUGAGGAGCGUGCGAGGGCGGACGAUGCGGGAGAGGGACUUGCAGGUGAUGUUGGAGCGGAUGUGGAUCAGGUCGUUGCGCUGUUUUGA